AAAGACGCGAGUCUCCCUAGUCGCGAGCGCGCACAACACGAUGAUAUGUAUGUAUGAAAACAGACGUCAACGCUGUACCUGUUUAAAGGAGCCGUGAUCCAUGAGGAAACAUUUACCAUUGCAGUCCAUUUGCCGGGGAAAGCUUUGGAAAUUGUGUUUAGAAGUCGUUUAGAAAACGAAACUAUCUUAAAACAGUUUAAAACUUGAAAUAAGUUCAGAUAGAAAGAUUUAUAAAAUUAAGACACGCGCAGAUGAAGUCGACCAACUGGAUUAAAGGGCAAAGAUGAGGAAAACAAUACGGGAGAAUUAGCUAAACAGUCGGGAUAUGAAUUUAAUUUAGGGAACUAUGCCUGACAAUGGCUUAAUUUGGUUUUUUUUCCCUUUAUUUGAGCCAGCGAUUGAGCUGCAUUCAUGAUCGAGGGGACGGAAAAGAAACUUUACCGCGUCUCAGUGGGAUAUUUUAUUUUAUGAAACAAUUUCAUUUCCUGAUCUGUCAUCGGAGCGACCGGUUUCUGGACGGAUUUUAUUGACUCAUCAUGUCCAAAGUGGUACAAAAGAAAAAUCACUGGACCACCAAAGUUACCGAGUGCACUGUACCAAAGGACGCGCGCGGCGAGCUUAACGUGCAGUUGCUCGGCGGAGCUGAGAACGGGGAAUUCGCGUAUAUCGGACGUUUUAACGAGAAUGGCGUGCAGUACAGAAACGGCAAACUGUCAGAGGGGGAUUUACUGCUGGAAGUGGAGACGUUGUCCGUCUCUGGAUUACCUUUAUAUGAUGUGCUGACCGUGAUCAAAAACUGCAAAGGACCUGUAAGAUUAAAAACUGUGAGGCAAGGAAAUAAACUCAAUAAAGACCUGAAGCACUACCUGAGCCAGAGGUUUCAGAAAUCAUCCGCCGACCAUGAGCUUCAGCAAACCAUACGAGACAACCUCUACCGCCAUGCUGUGCCUUGUACGACCCGCCAUCCUCGUGACGGUGAGGUGCCAGGAGUAGAUUAUAAUUUUUUGUCUGUUGAUGAUUUUUUGAAGCUUGAACAGAGUGGGACCCUGCUGGAGAUCGGAUCUUAUGAAGGUAACUAUUAUGGAACACCCAAGCCGCCCAGCCAGCCCCCUAGCGGGAAAGUGAAUACUGGCGAUGCUCUGCAAAACAGCUUUCCUGGUUCUCUGCCGUCGACCCCACGCCGCAGCAAGUCCUACAAUGAGAUGCAAAAUGCUGGAAUAGUGCACACAGAGACUGAGGAUGAUGAUGAGGUUCCUGAAAUGAACAGUAGCUUCACAGGAGACUCGAGUGAACUGGACGAUCACCCCUCCGUGCGGCCCUUCAUCCGCAAUCACCUUCAACCACCCUACGGGCUCAACAACACCUUGGCGUCAACCACGGAGAGCUCUCAGAAUACACACACACACCCCAGCCACCCCACGGACGAGGACCCUCUGGGACCCUUGCCCGAUAACUGGGAGAUGGCCUACACAGAGAACGGAGAGGUCUACUUUAUAGACCACAACACGAAGACAACAUCCUGGAUAGACCCCCGAUGCCUGGAUAAACCCCAGAAACCCCUGGAGGAGUGUGAAGAUGAUGAAGGGGUACACACAGAAGAACUGGACAAUGAGCUAGAGCUGCCCACAGGCUGGGAGAAGAUUGAUGAUCCGGUCUAUGGAGUGUAUUACGUUGACCAUAUUAACAGGAAGACCCAGUAUGAGAACCCGAUUCUAGAGGCUAAGAGGAAGAAACAGUUGGAACAGUCUCAGCCCGCUGAAGGUGAGCGGUAUAUCCGAGAAUGGAUAGAGGAGCAUUCGUCAGGAGCACCGCUAGCAAGCUAUGCUGCUAACCACCAAGAGACUUACAGAGAUCCUGGCAUCGCACCUCCACUACCAACCCAGCUGGGGGCUAAACGAGGGAAGCCAUUUUUCACAAGGAACCCAGCAGAACUGAACGGGACGUUCAUUAACACUAAGCUGAAGAAGAGCAGGCGUGGGUUCGGCUUCACUGUCGUAGGAGGAGACGAACCAGAUGAGUUCCUGCAGAUUAAAAGUCUGGUGCUCGAUGGCCCUGCUGCCCUGGAUGGAAAAAUGGAAACUGGUGAUGUUAUUGUGAGUGUGAACGACACCUGCGUACUGGGCUACACGCAUGCCCAGGUUGUUAAGAUCUUCCAGUCCAUCCCUAUUGGUUCAAUGGUCGACCUCGAACUCUGCCGUGGCUACCCAUUGCCCUUUGACCCUGAUGACCCUAAUACCAGCCUGGUGACCUCUGUGGCCAUUCUGGACAAGGAGCCAAUUAUCGUCAACGGAAAAGAAAGCUACGACUCUCCGUCCAGUCACGGGAGCGAAUCGGCAGGUGGCGGCGGUUCUCUGAACGGGUCCAAUGAUCAACCACGUCCCCACAGCCCUUCAGCAGAGGUGGCAUCCAACGGUUCUCACGGUUAUCCCAGCGAUGUUGUGACUUUGGCGUCUUCAAUCGCGACCCAGCCUGAGCUAAUUACCGUUCACAUGGAGAAGGGCGACAAAGGAUUUGGCUUCACAAUAGCAGAUAGCCCCUCUGGGGGAGGCCAGCGCGUGAAGCAGAUAGUGGAUUACCCACGAUGCAGAGGUCUUAGGGAAGGGGACAUCAUCAUGGAGGUCAACAAGAGGAACGUGCAGAACCUGACGCACAAUCAGGUGGUCGACAUGCUCAGCAAGUGCCCUAAAGGCAGCGAGGUGACCAUGCUGGUACAAAGAGGGGUGGCACCUGCGAAGAAAAGCCCCAAACUGCAGCAGUUGGAACGUAAGGACAGUCAAGGCAGUUCCCAGCACAGUGUCUCCAGCCAACGCAGCAUCCACACCGACUCUCCCCUCCACGCCUCUCAGGCCAUGCUUAACGAGUCCGUCGCCCCACCUCCUCCUUCCCAGCCUCUGCCGAGCCUGCCACAGGACGCCCCGAUAGACGGGACCCUACAGAAGAAACCAGAUCCCUUUAAAAUCUGGGCUCAGUCUAGGAGCAUGUAUGAAAGUAGGCUACCUGAUUACCAGGAACAGGAUAUUUUCCUGUGGAGAAAAGAUACCGGUUUUGGAUUUAGGAUCCUUGGAGGCAAUGAACCCGGCGAGCCAAUAUAUAUCGGCCACAUUGUGAAAUACGGAGCUGCCGAUGAAGAUGGGCGUCUGCGAUCGGGUGACGAGCUAAUCUGUGUGGAUGGGACGGCUGUGGUGGGAAAAUCCCAUCAACUGGUCGUUCAACUCAUGCAGCAAGCUGCUAAACAGGGUCAUGUUAACCUGACCGUGAGACGCAAGACUGGAUAUGGAUUGGCUAAGGUGGAUGGUGAGAUGCCUCCUUCCCCAGCCUCAUCUCACCACAGCAGUACACAGGCCCCAUCUCUAACCGAAGAGAAGCGCACGCCGCAGGGCAGCCAGAACUCCCUCAACACGGUGAGCUCAGGAUCGGGCUCCACCAGCGGCAUAGGCAGUGGAGGCGGAGGAGGUAGCAACAACACGGUGGUUCCCAACGCCAUCCAGCCCUAUGAUGUGGAGAUCCAACGUGGAGAAAAUGAAGGAUUCGGAUUCGUCAUUGUUUCGUCAGUGUCGAGGCCUGAAGCAGGCACCACUUUUGCUGGAAACGCAUGUGUGGCAAUGCCUCAUAAAAUAGGUCGAAUCAUCGAAGGAAGUCCAGCUGACCGCUGCGGGAAACUGAAAGUUGGAGACCGGAUCCUGGCUGUAAACGGAUGCUCCAUCACCAAUAAGUCCCACUCGGAUAUCGUCAACCUGAUCAAGGAGGCCGGGAACACAGUGACUCUGCGGAUCAUUCCGGGAGAUGAGUCCUCCAAUGCAUCACUGCUGACCAACGCUGAGAAGAUUGCGACCAUAACUACCACACACACCCCUCAGCAGCAAUCUGCACCUGAGCCAAGAAACAACACUAAACCAAAACAGGAGUCUUAUGAGUUCAAAGCUCCACAAGCUCUGGCUCCUCCGGGCCCACAAACGCAACCUUCAAAUCAGGAUGCUGAGUUCUACUCUGUGGAUCUGGAGAGAGACAAUAAAGGCUUUGGUUUCAGCCUCAGAGGAGGUCGAGAGUACAACAUGGACCUGUAUGUCCUGAGACUAGCAGAGGACGGAGCAGCCGUCAGAAAUGGAAAGAUGAGGGUCGGAGAUGAGAUCUUGGAGAUCAAUGGCGAGAGCACCAAGGGCAUGAAGCACGCCCGUGCCAUUGAACUGAUCAAAAACGGUGGGCGAAAAGUCCACCUGGUCCUAAGGAGGGGCGACGGCUCCGUGCCAGAAUAUGACGGCAUCAACGACGGCAACGGCCUCGGCCUCGGCGCCAGUGCACAAACUGUUUCGCAAAUGAACGCAGCUCCUCCCGAAAGACGGCCCCACCCACCAUCGGAGUCCAGCUAUCCACCAGACUUUCACAAACCAUCACGAUACGACGACCAGAGGUCGCGGGAGCCGGGCCACCGGGAGCAGCACGGCCACCGGUCGAACCACCGCCACAACAACAACAACAAUAGACACCGAUCGCCAGACAAGAAGAGCGGGAAUAGGGGUUACGGAAGGGAUGGUGGAACUUCGAAGCCUCACAAGAAGAAGAGGUCUAGCACGGAUCAUCAUAAAAACCGCAAUCAACAUCAACACCAGAGGCAUCGCUCCCCGGAGAGGCGCAGAACUCGGAGCGCCGAAAACACCUUGGACAGCCGACAUGGCCGUAGAUAUGGGCGUUCACCCGACAGGCACCAUCAUCGUCGCUCUUCUCCUCCCCGCAGGCACAGUUCACCUCAUCGUUCCCCCCACAGAUCCGGUCAUCGGCACAGCUCGCCUCACCGGCAUAGAUCACCCUACCGUUCCCGGCACCAAUCUCCCUCAAGGCGGCCUGCAGCUUAUUCGGAUGAACCCUACAAUGGUGAAUCGGACCCAGGGCUGGAUGUGGUCUUAAAGGAACCUCCUCCUCCAACUCCUCCGUCUCGCCUCGAGAGUAUUCCGGCUUUUAGGGAGCUCCCGGCCAUGGACAGGCUAAGUCUGGAAGACACCCUACCGAGGGAUCCUCCGGGCUACUUCGAAGACCUUUCCCCUAUGGAGCGAACCUACCACCAAUCUACCCUUCUCCGUGGGCCGUCCCGUGACGACACCUUACCCCGCCUUAGGACACCCGACUCCGAUUCAGCCUUCCGGAACUACAGUUCAUUACUGAGGGGACGUUCUCCGUUAAGAGGUGAGGGCAGGCAGGUUGGAUACCCUAGAGCCGAGUCUCCGAUUGCCAGCGCGUACCGAACGAGGAGUCUCGGUCGAGAACUGACUCCCGUUAGAGGAUUCCCAGAUGAGGAAGAGGAGGAGGCCAGAUCCCAGCCGAGUGACUACUACAGCACGCUCCGAUCCAAUUACAGUAGAGCCAACAACAACGCAUAUGAGCCAAGGAGGAAACCCUAUAAAGACAGCCCCAAAGACCUCAGCAUCUAAUGGAGACGGACACCAUGCGCAGACCCCACACGAGCCUUCAUCCAAGGACUGCGCGGACCCUGGAUAUUAAAUUAUUUGUUUGACGUCUGGUGUUUUCUCAUGGUUGAACAUCUUUAACUCUCAACAGCAGAAGAAUGAUUGCUUUUUCUCUCCAUUAAAAGUCAUUUUCAGUUGUUUAUGACCCUUUUUAUAAAUAUGCUAGCAGUUCUACAGAGUUUGACAACUAUGUAUAAAGAAAACGAUUAUGUGCCUAACAGUACCAUUCUUGGUGUUUCUUUGUUUUUCUUGGUUUUGUUUAACAAUGGACAGCCUUUUGGAUUACUGUUCAAUUAUAAAAACCUUCAGUUACAGAGAGCCCCUCUCAUGCACCGAGCAGCUCAGUCAAUGUGGUGCUCAGACAUCUACUGUGCAUGUCUUACACUUUCAAUGUCCUCUCUCUCUCUCUCUCUCUCUCUCUCUCUCUCUCUCUCUCUCUCUCUCUCUCUCUCUCUCUCUCUCUUUUCUUUCUCUUCCCCAGUGCCACUGUUUUUUAGACAUUUGACCAGAGUAUAGCACAAGCCUGCAUUUGUUUGUAUAUUUUUGACAGUUUGCAGUAUGUGUACAUUCAGAGGUGAUCAUUUUAAAAGAAUGAAGGGAUAAUGAAAUUAAACUAUGAUGAUAAUGUUCAGAAAAUAAAACAAUAUAUAUACACA